CCAGCCCCCGCCUUGCCGGACCAUGCUGGCUGUCCCCGUGGGACGUGGAGCGCGGCGUCCGCCACUGAAGCCGGGCAGCUGGCCGGGCUCCCUCCAGCCAGCACCCCCAGACCCUCCCCACCCCCUGGCCCUCUCCCCCAGCAGCUGCUGGGGAGAGCGAUGCAGAAUGAGUGAACUUCUGGCUCCUGGAGGAACCCAGGGGAGACAGACGGGAAACUAACUCAGCCGGAAGCUGCUAUUCGGGUUCAUUUGUUUUUCCUCAUUCUCCUUCGUCUCUGCCACAAACCGGUCUCAUCCCUGGACACCGAGUCAUGGGUGCCCUUUGCCUGGCAGAGAACCGGCUGGAGACGGUCUCCCAGAGAUAAGAGGGUGAGCCUGCUGCUCCCCAGCCACGUGCUCGUCCACGAUGCCCCUGCUGACCGGCCACAGGGGCCUGCACCCAGGCCACCAUCAGGAGGACCCCCGCAGCCCGCUGCUGCCCCGGCCCACGGAGACGCCCGCCCUCAAGGGCCUUUACUACCGCAGGGUCCGCAAGGUGGGGGCCUGGGACCGCUCCCCGGCGCUGGACCUCAAGAGGGAGAUGUUGGUGAACGUUGGGGGCAGGCGGUACGUGCUGCCCUGGAGCACGCUGGACGAGUUCCCGCGGAGCCGCCUGAGCAGGCUCAAGCUGUGCCGCAGCCACGCCGAGAUCAGGCAGCUCUGUGACGACUACGACGAGGACAACCAGGAGUUCUUCUUCGACCGCAGCCCCAGCGCCUUCGCGGUGAUCGUGAGCUUCCUGGCGGCCGGCAAGCUGGUGCUGCUGCGGGAGACGUGCGCGCUGUCCUUCCGCGAGGAGCUGAGCUACUGGGGCAUCGAGGAGGCCGGCCUGGAGCCCUGCUGCCUGCGCCGGCUGCUCCGGAGACUGGAGGAGCGGGCGGAGCAGCGGCGGGAGGAGGCGCUGCAGCGGGCCGAGGCCGGCCGCCCAGCCGUGCUCGCCUCCCGCUGGGGCCGCUGCAUGAACCGGCUGCGGGAGAUGGUGGAGAACCCGCAGUCCGGCCUGCCGGGCAAGGUCUUUGCGUGUCUGUCGGUCCUCUUCGUGGCCACCACGGCCGUCAGCCUGUGCGUGAGCACCAUGCCCGACCUCCGGGCCGAGGAGGACAAGGGCGAGUGCUCUCCGAAGUGCUACUCCAUCUUCGUCGUGGAGACUGUCUGCGUGGCCUGGUUCUCCCUGGAGUUCUGCCUGCGCUUCGUCCAGGCCCGGGACAAGUGCCAGUUCUUCCAGGGGCCCCUGAACAUCAUCGACAUGCUGGCCAUCUCCCCGUACUACGUGUCGCUCGCCGUGUCCGAGGAGCCCCCGGAGCACGGCGAGAGGCCCGGCGGCGGCGGCGGCGGCUCCUACCUGGAGAAGGUGGGGCUGGUGCUGCGUGUGCUGCGGGCGCUGCGCAUCCUCUACGUGAUGCGCCUGGCCCGCCACUCGCUGGGGCUGCAGACGCUCGGCCUCACCGUGCGCCGCUGCACGCGGGAGUUCGGGCUGCUGCUCCUCUUCCUGGGCGUGGCCGUCACCCUCUUUGCGCCCUUGGUCUACGUGGCGGAGAACGAGGCCGGCCGGGUCCUGGAGUUCACCAGCAUCCCCGCCUCCUACUGGUGGGCCAUCAUCUCCAUGACAACGGUGGGCUACGGGGACAUGGUGCCGCGCAGCGUGCCGGGCCAGGUGGUGGCCCUGAGCAGCAUCCUCAGCGGGAUCCUCAUCAUGGCCUUCCCGGCCACGUCCAUCUUCCACACCUUCUCCCACUCCUACCUGGAGCUCAAGAAGGAGCAGGAGCGGCUCCAGGCCCGCCUCCGCCGCCUGCAGAACUGCAGCGCGGCCAGCGAGCGCCCGCUGCUGGACGACGUCGACGACCAGGUCCCGGAGGGCCCGGCCUCGCCCGGUGCCUACGCCUGACGCAGACCCCGCGAGGUGGUUCUUGGCCGAAGCCAGCUCGAGAUCCUGCCCCUACCCCCACCCCCGCAGGAAACCCCCUCAAAGGCCACAGGCGUUGGGUCUCUCGGUCCGAUGAUCCAGGCCGACCUCGCCCCGCCCCCUUGCUUCUCUCUCCCGCGCACCCUCGAAUCAGUCGGCUCACGGCCCGGGGCGGGCUGUGCAUCCGCUCUCCCGCCCCUGCAGAGUCCCUCCCGGCCCACGCGGGGACUGGCCGCCUUCCACGUGGACACCACGACCACAGACUCCGUCCUUCCCCCAAGAUCGUCUUUCCUGUCCCGCAUCAGCCUGCCAAUGUGGAGUCCUUGGAUCCGCUCUCCCUGCGACCCGCCCACGGCCGGCCCAGCGACCAGCUGCCUCCCCGCACCUCUCACAGCCCUACUGUAGAUCCCGUGUUGCAAGGUGGCCGCGAGCUGCCGUCCCCUCCCUGUGACGCGCCUGGGACCCGGGUAGCAGCGCCACCAGCCGGCACAGCAGCCCCUCCUUGGCUGGCCAACUCUGGGUGGACCAAUCACGUAGCCCUGCGCCCUGACAGGUGUCACGUCUCUCAGGGCGCUGCACUGUCCCCCAGCGAGCCACUCCUGAAGCUGGUUUUCCAGUACUGCGAGACACCCGGCUUGCCAAGCUCGGCGAAGGCACCAGGACCCGGCUCCGGUGCAGAAGCGAGGGUGGCCGCAGCGUCCGCCCGUCGCAGGCUCCACAGACCGGGGCCCCUGAUGCCAGAAGAUAAGCACUCGCAGCUGUGUGUACGUGCAUCGAUUCAUCUGUCCGUUUGCUCACACAGUCAGCACUUUGUGUCCAGCGGAGGAGGCGGCAGGGUCGGACCCCUGGAGCUAACGCAGCACCUGCUGAGCCCAGAGAGCAAACAAGCAAUGGACUCCAAGCCGCUGGCUCCCGAGGCACGGGUGGAGCUGAGGGUGGGGGGCGUCUGGGGAGGCAAAGCUGGAAAGACGGCUGGGAUGCGGAAGGGGCGGGCCCUGAGUGCACUGUGGAGGAUGGAGCUGAGGGGGCUGGGGCACAGGUGGACCCUGAGGGCAGGCGGAAGGGACGUGAGAGGACCAGCAUGGCAGCCGUGGACUCAGGCCCCAGGGAGCACCUGCGCCAGCAGCAGCCGGCUCCUGGUCACCUGGGCCUGGACCUGGCUCCGUUCUUUCGCCUCCUCCAGGUGCCCUCCUGACCGAUGUGGGCACCUGUCCCCAUUCCUGUAGACCCCGAGACUCGGCAGGGCAUCCCCCAGGCCGUCCCACCAUGUACACCUUUGCAUGAUGGCACAGUAGUCCAGGGAAGCCCCUGCACCCGUUACAGCCCCGCCCUCCCUGGAUGAGCCCCUCCGCUCUCGGCCGUGACCCGCAGAAGCUCAGAGCGGCUGGUGGAAACUGUGUCCCCGGCCCCUUGAACAAAACCUGUGAGUCCUUCGCUUCAAAUUAUUUUAAAACAGGGUUUAGUUAGUUAUUUAUUUGAAAGGCAAAGUCAUAAAGGCAGCGUGAGAGACAGAGAGAGAGAGAGAGAGAGAGAGAGAGAGAGAGAGAGACGUUCCCUUGUGCAGGUUCACUGCCCAGGCGCCCACAACAGGCAGGCCAAAGCCAGGAGCCAGGCACUGAGUCAGGUCUCCCACAUGGUGGCCAGGACCCAAGUACCUGAGCCUGCACCUGCUGCCCCCCAGGGGCACUAGCAGGAAGCUGCCCCGGAAGCGCCGAGUGGCUGCGGCUCAAACCAGGCACUCCCGCACGGGACGCAGGCAUCGCACGUCGCGGCUCCAUGCCACAGCACCCACUCGAAGACUCAUCUUUUAAAGAUGACUACUCGGGGCCGGCGCUGUGGCACAGUAGGUUAAUCCCCGCCUGCAGCACCGCCAUCCCAUACGGGCGCCCAUUGGAGUCCAGGCUGCUCCACUUCCGUUCCAGCUCUCUGCUAUGGCCUGGGAAAGCAGUGGACAAUGGUCCAAGUCCUUGGGCUCCUGCACCCACCUGGGAGACGUGGAAGAAGUUCCUGGCUCCUGACUUUGGAUCAGCGCAGCUCCGGCCAUUGGGGCCAUUCGGGGGGUGAACCAGCGGAUGGAAGACCUCUCCGUCUCUCCCUCUCACUGUCCGUAACUUUACCUCUCAAAUACACAAAUAACAUCUGUAAAGAUGACUACUCUUAGGCAAAGCACUAGAAACAAUCAAAGCACGUCACUUAUUCUCUUAGCAGGGCUCUGCUGGGGCCCAGGUUGCCCCUGGGCGACCCUGGGCCGACCCUUUCCCUCUCUGCCAUCUGUAGGGAUUGGGCGACAUCCAUAGCUUUCUGACGGGGGUCCACAAGACCCCCACAGGGGCUGUGAGUGCAGGAGCCCAGCCCAGCAGGUCGGCCGUGCAGCCUGCGGUGCAGCCUUGGCAACUGAUGACACGGAGAAGAACAUGGAAAUUUCUAGAACCCUCUCCCUUACCGGGGCCAGUCCACAGCCCCCUGAGCCGCAACGGGCAGGGAAUCCUAGGCGGCUCCUGGGGCCCACGUCGCCCCCUUGCGUCUGACCCGAGACCUCGCCUCCCGUGUGCACAGCUCCGCCCUCGGUGCUGUUGCCACAGAUGGGAGCCGCGGCUCUGAGCAAAGUUCAAACCGAGACUGGGUGAACCCAGCACUGACGCGACAGUAGGUCUCAGUAGGUGCCCAGCUGGAAUUCCCUGGAAGUCAGGCGUGGGAAACAGGGACUGGACACUCACCUGUGGGUCUCGUUAAAUACUCUGGUUUGUCUCUUCUCCCAGGCACGCUGUGAGCCAGCGCUUUUCCUUCAUGCUGAUUGGAUGGGGUGGGAGUGAUGCGCAUGUUGCUAGGCAGUUUCUCUAUCCCCAUUGGCUGAACGGAGGGGCUGCUGUCUCUGAGGCCAGGGGCCAGGACUGCAGCCAAAGUGGACAACUGGGCUGCGCUUCCCGCCAGGCUCAGGGCUCCCGGAGGUCACUGACAUGUCGGCCUGUGUCUCCGGCCAGAUGGAGCAGGACCAGGAACUGAGCUGGGGAGGGCUGAGCUGGUCCCUCGGUGGAAUGAGGGUCACAGGUGGAGCCUCACCCCGGUCUGUCCCGGGAACACAAAGACUACUGCCGUGGCUUUUGUAAAGGACGUUACAGCGUGGCAGCUGGAAGUCUCCCGAGAAGACCGUGCGGGGUCUUGUGUGUAGCUGGGGAGCAUCAGUGCCAUCGGAGGGGAUGCCCAUGUGUCCGGGGAGUCCCACAGGUGCUCAUGGGAGCCCUAAUGUAAAUCAGCGCCUCGGUGGAAGGCGGGGCGACCGGCUGAGAGAGGACGGGCCACCUGCCCAAGGCCACACGGUGAGCUCGGCUGCUUCGAGCCUUGUGUUCUGAGUGCCAGCAGGACACACCUUCCAGGGGCACCAAAAAAUCUCAAGACAAGAAGAUGACAACCCCUGGCCGUGCCGUCCCCAGUGGAGGCAGCUUGUCCCGGGGGGCCCAGGCACGUGGCGGAGUGGGGGACGUGAGAUCCGGUUCCUUGGCGCUUCCUCUUCUCGUGUGUCCCACGGCGGGGCUGGACGAGCAGGUGCUGAGGUCCCUCCGGGUGAGUUCAGGAGGCAGAACUGCCAGGCAGCCACGACGUUCGCCAGGACACGGACGGGGCGUGACCCCUCUUCUGGCCAGAGAGCUGCUCCUCUGACAAAACUAGCCCAGCAUCGCUGAGCGCCGUCCCUGCCCUCAGGUCCUGCCCCCCCCCCCCACGGGGGGCUCACCACCCCCAGCCUCCUCCAUGUCACACCUGCCAGGCAGGGACGGGGACUGGGGCAGGCCGACCUGGGCUACCGACGUUCAGAUGCAAACGCAGGCCAGCCACGUCCAGACACAGGGCGCCCGCGGGCCGGGCAUGCUGGCCAGCCCAGUCCCUCCUGCAUGCCAGCCAGUCCCCAAGGCCCAGAGCAGGGCCACCGCCUGGGUCCUGGCCCAGCCCUGGCCACCUCGGCAUGGAAAAGGCUGCCAGGUCCAGCGUGCCCAUUUCUCAGGUGUGGACGUGAAGGCCCGUGGAGAGGAUGUACUUUGGCAAACCUGGAUCUGAAUCCCAGGCUCUGUGGUCAGCGCAGUGCCCUCCACUCUGGGCCCAGGGGUCCCUGCCCGGCGCCCGCCUGUACCCAGCCUUGGACAUCUAACCCCGGAAUCCGCUGUCCUGAGGAAUGAGACAGAGGGUCACUGACCGGGCUGGUGGCUCCCUCAGCGACUCACAGCCAGGGGCUGUGAGGUGGCCCUCUACAAACGCAGGCCCAGCCCGGCCCAGCCCACCAGCUUUGGAAGGCACGGGGAGAGCGGGAGUCAGGCACUCAGCAUCCGCGUGGCUCUCGUGACCCACCCCCGGGCUCUGUGGGACAGGCAACCCCGGGCGAUUGCUGUCCAGUCUUGCUUCCUCCAGAGGCUCCACCGUACUUGGCCCAUGACCAUCCUGAGCGCCUGCCCCACCCCUUUCAGCUCGCCCCUUCCCAACUCUGCCCCCGGGGCCCGCCCUCUGCCCUCUGCCCUCCGCCCUCCGCCCUCCGCCCUCCGCCCCCCGCCCUCCGCCCUCCGCCCCAGCAGCACUGAAGCAAACAUUAAACAAUACCAAGAGCUGGU